AGUUGAGGGGUUGGUGUCCGUCUUGACGCUGCUGCAUGCGGGCUGAUCGCAUCGCAUUCCAAUGUGAGCGCGAUGUGACCGCUGUGCGGACUUUUAUGUCUCCUGAACCGUCCUCAGCCGCUUUUUAAAAAAGGAAUAACAACAUAAUAAAAAAGGGAAAUGUCCAACUUGAAGGAGUCGAGCACGUGUCCUGACGGCUACAGGGCUUUGAGCACGAGCGAGCUGAGGGAGCUUUUACAAAACGACGACAAAAUGGACCAAAUCCUUCGGCUCAAUGAAAAGUUUCAGGAGCUCCAAGUGGACAGGGAGACGCUGCAGACGACCAAUCGGAGCCUGGCUGAGGACAGCCUCACCCGGCGACCCCGCCUCUGUAACGGCAAACUCCAACUGGCGGUGAAAUACCGGGAACUGUCCAACCUGGCAACCACGUGCUGUGAAAAACAGAGUCAGCUUGGGGCUCGCGUCCAGAAGCACAGCCUGCAGACGGCGCAGAACGUCCUGCAGGAGGAGGUGGCUGGUGCCGAGGAGCGUUCGGAGGAGCUGCUGGAGAAGUUCAUGGAGGGGAACGCAAGCCUGGACGAGUUCCUGGACGAGUUCCAAAGCUCCAGGAAGACGUACCACGUCCGCCGGGCUCAGGCGGAGAAGAUGCAGGAGGCCAUGCGGGCCAAGCGGCAGCAGGGCAAAACCAAGCCGGCGGAGGAGAGCAAAGAGGUGAAGAGGGACUCGGAGCAGCCUCGCGAGCCUCAGAGGCCCAACGGCUUCGUGGCGCAGGGACCCCUCCGAGUGUUCCAGGUCCGCUACGGCCUCACGCCCGCCAUCCUCCUCCCCCAUUACCCCGUUUCUCCCCCGGCCUCGGCGCCGAGCCACCAAAGUUGCACCCCGCCGCCCGAGCCCCAGCUGGGUCAGACCCACAUCCUCAGCCCCGGCACCCCGCUGACGGGACACGGCCAGCCGGUCGGCCUCAGGGUCAUCGGACAGUUACCGGGCGGCUGGCCGGCGAACGGGCGGCCGGUGAGAGUGCAGCAGCUUUACAGGCCGAACCCUCAACAGCCCGAACCGCCGUACCGAUAAGCUCCAUGAGGAGGAGGAGGGAAGGAAGGAGAGAGGGAGGAAGAGGAGUAGGGAGGAUGAUGAGGAGCCGGUUUGACGGGUCUUCUGAGACACGCAACCAAACAGUGGCUUUCACAAACACGUAAGCUAAGACUGAUCCAGGCAGCACCGCAGACGUCCGUCUCUGUUCUUCAUCCCCACGACACACACACACACACACACACACACGUAAGCAGUGACGUUUGGGUUACUCGCGGCCCGCCGUCAUCCCUCCCUCGGUCACAGUCGUGUCCGAACGUACCGCUUCUGUCCGACCGCCACCGUCUGAAUGUGGAGCGGCGAAUCGAGUCCAGCGUUAAUUACUAAACUCGUGAUUUAAAUCAUUAAACGUCAAGAUUUCUUGCAUUUUAAUCAAAAGAAAUGCCUAAUUUAAUGCAAACAAAAACACACAAUAAACAUGCGAGAGCACCGAUCUAGCGAGAGAUAAAUAAGCGUAAAUAAACUCUGAAUAGUGGACAUUAAAGAAAGGGAAUUUGCUGUUGGAGCAGCUGCUUCUCAGAAAGGUCCUCCAGCUGUUCUGUUAAUUUAAGUUUAAGUUUUGCAAAUAUAAAUUUAAGUUUAGCAUCUGGAGGUCCUCACCUUUUUGUUUUAAUGGCAUUUAGCGACCAUGUGUCUGACAUGUAAACGGUUCCGCGGGAUCCAACAAAACGACUGUAGAGAAUAAACAUUCAGGCUAAAGUAACAAAACUUUUCACAUAAAUAUGUCUCACUUUCUGGACCAAGUUGUGAGGGCGCCAUCAAAGACGGUCGCGUUUCUUUCUCCUCCGCCAACAAAACGGUGAUUUAAAAAAAGUUUAAUCACUUGUAAAAGUUUAAAGAUGAACCUGAGAUGGGAACGUUUUUAUAAUUUUUCGAUUUUAUUAUACUUUUUUAAAUAUAUAUACUUUACACCGGUUGUGAAGCACACGGUUGUGAAGCACACCUUCAGUAAAAAAAACAAAAAACAAACUAAAAGGAUCUCAUUGUUCUUCAGGACAAAGAGGCUCUGUGAGACGAGAGGAUUCAUCAAAGUGGAACGUGGACAUCAAUAAAGUUGUGUUUUAAUAUAAACUCAUUGUUUUUCACUUGCAAACAUUCCCAAGAUCACGAGUGCUGAUAAUCAAGUUUGAACAAACACAAACGGAGCGAGUGGUAUUUAUUAUUAAUUCCCAUAACCUGUCAAUAUUCUUUGCCCCCUCCCCCUCCACCACCACCAAAAAAAAGCCGUCUGCCUUCUCGUGCAAUUUCAUGAACAGUGUUGGUUUAUUUAUUCAUGUAAAUCCUAUUUUAAAUGGCUGACUUCAAAGCUUCUUGUUUACCGUGCUAAAUGAAGAGCUACUCCCCUGUUUUAUUUCUAUUUUUCAUCCUCCCCCCCCUUCUGAAGAUGAAGAGUGAGGGGAAUUUAAUCUCUAUGAGAAUGUUGGCGCUCUGAAAAACCCCACAGUUGAAUGAAUAUAAGGAGGUUAAGGAGUUUUUUUCCUUCUCAUCAUCGCUCUCUUUUUCUUUUUUUGCAUUCAUCCGUAAGCAUUUAAAAGGGAAGAGCUCUGGAUUGUAGUUUUUGAUGGUUCUGCUCUUGAACAAACAUUCAUUUCUCAUUAAUAACUCAUACGUGCAUGAUUACGACAGCUCGACAAAAUGCGUGAAAAUGCCUUCUGCUUAUAUAGUUGUGGCCAUCGUUCAUAAAUAAGUAACUGCUGGGAUCUGUGAAUGAAGCUACGCUGAAAAAGAAAUAACAUUUCUGGGUAAAAUAAAAUACGCUUUUUUUUUUUGUUCUACGUUUCUGUUUGUUUAUUUUCUGAUAUGAAUUGAGGUUUCAUCCCUUUCGACCCAGCUGCUAAUGGGAAAACUGCGAAGAAGCUGCUAUAAAAAAAAAUCGUUUUUAUUCUGAUUUGUUUGUUUUUCUUUUUGACUUCCUAUUUAUUGUGAGGAACACGUUCAGGCAGGUUGUAAAUAAAACUAAUUUGGAUUAAAAAUAGUUGUCGGCUUGUUUGCCACAUUUACAGAUCCAAUGUCAAAUGUUAUUAUAAUAUGAUGACUAACAGACACAAUGGAUUCUUUAAAAUGUCUGUUUUAUUUGUGAUUGAAAUGUACCGAGGACGUUCGUCUGCACGAUGCUGUUUGCAAUAUUCUUUUCUUUUUGGCAUUGUGAGUCCCCUUUAGUCUCAUUUCGGGCUGGGCAAUUAUAUUGAUUAUUAUAUCGAUAUUGUCUGUUAUAACUGUCUUUUCCUGGUUUUAAAUGGCUGCAUUACAGUAACGUGAUGUCAUUAUACUCAUUUUAUUCAGAUACCAAAAAUCUCAUUGUUUUAAAUGUUGUGUGAAAGCACCAAAUGGUCACAAUAUCGAUAUCGAGGUAUUUGGUCAAAAAUAUCGGGAUAUUUGA